ACACACACACGUAUAUAUUGAAAUACAUAUAUAUAAAUCAUAAUUAUUAGAACGUUUCAUACGAAUUUAAUAAGCAACAGUAGCAGCAGCAGCCGCAAUGGAUACAGAGAGACCAAAUGGCCAAGAGACGAAAGUCAUUUAUCAUAUUGACGAUGAGAGCACACCGUAUUUGGUUAAAAUACCAAUACCGUCCGCUCAGGUCACGCUCAAAGAUUUCAAAUUGGUGCUCAACAAACAGAACAACAAUUACAAAUACUUUUUCAAGUCGAUGGACGCCGAUUUUGGUGUGGUCAAAGAGGAGAUUGCCGACGAUGCGACAAUAUUGCCAUGUUUCAAUGGACGCGUCGUCUCAUGGCUUGUCUCCGCCGAUGGCACCAAUCAGUCCGACAAUUGCUCCGAGCUGCCACCGAGCGAAUGCGAGAUGCGUGUUCGUAAUCAUUUAGCACUCCAGCAGCAGCAUCAACAUCAACAACAACACCAGCAGCAGCAACAUCAACAGCAGCAGCAACAACAUCAACAGCAGCAGCAACAACAUCAACAGCAGCAGCAACAGCAGCAGCAGCAUAAGCUUGGACCAUUGCAAAUGUUGCAACCGCCGCCACUCACAUAUCAAUCGGCCUCGGUGCUAUCUAGCGAUCUGGACUCGACGAGCCUCUUUGGUACGGAAUCGGAGCUAACAUUGGAUCGCGAUAUGACAGACUAUAGCAGCGUGCAACGGUUGCAGGUGCGCAAGAAGCCGCAGCGACGCAAAAAGCGAGCGCCCAGCAUGUCACGCACAUCGUCAUAUAGCUCGAUAACCGAUUCGACCAUGUCACUGAACAUUAUAACCGUCUCCAUCAAUAUGGAGGCUGUCAAUUUUCUGGGCAUAUCGAUUGUUGGCCAAUCGAAUCGUGGCGGCGACGGCGGCAUCUAUGUGGGCAGCAUUAUGAAGGGCGGCGCUGUUGCGCUCGAUGGUCGCAUCGAGCCGGGCGACAUGAUUCUGCAGGUGAAUGAUGUGAAUUUCGAGAAUAUGACCAAUGAUGAGGCGGUCCGUGUACUUCGUGAGGUUGUACAGAAGCCGGGGCCCAUUAAGCUCGUCGUUGCGAAAUGUUGGGAUCCAAAUCCGAAGGGUUAUUUCACCAUUCCGCGAACGGAGCCGGUGCGUCCAAUUGAUCCGGGCGCAUGGGUGGCGCACACACAGGCGCUAACCUCGCACGACAGUAUUAUGGCGGAUAUACCGGAGCCAAUCAAGGAGCGGCUCGAUCAAAACAAUCUCGAGGAGAUUGUCAAGGCAAUGACAAAGCCGGAUAGCGGACUCGAGAUACGUGAUCGCAUGUGGCUAAAAAUCACCAUACCAAAUGCAUUCAUUGGCGCCGAUGCUGUCAAUUGGGUGCUAGAGAAUGUCGAAGAUGUGCAGGAUCGGCGCGAGGCACGUCGCAUUGUAUCGGCAAUGUUGCGCAGCAAUUAUAUUAAGCAUACGGUCAAUAAGUUGACAUUCUCCGAGCAGUGCUACUAUGUGGUGAAUGAGGAGCGCAAUCCGAAUUUGCGUGGCCAGAUGCAUCCGCUUGGGCAUGGGCAUGGGCACGCGUUGAGCCAUGCGGAUACGGAGAGCAUUACCAGCGAUAUUGGGCCAUUGCCAAAUCCGCCGAUCUAUAUGCCAUACUCGGCCACGUACAAUCCAAGUCACGGCUAUCAGCCGAUACAGUACGGCAUCGCCGAGCGACACAUCUCGUCCGGUUCGAGCAGCUCCGAUGUGCUCACCAGCAAGGAUAUCUCUGCAUCGCAAUCCGACAUCACCUCUGUCAUCCAUCAGACCAAUCAGCUAACAAUCGCUGCGCAUGGCUCCAACAAAUCCUCGGGCUCAUCAAAUCGAGGCGGCGGCGGUGGUGGUGGUGGCGGCGGCGGCAACAACACCAACGAUCAGGAUGUAUCCGUAUUUAAUUACGUAUUGUAGAAAUAUUUUUUGCAAUGAAA